AUGUCGGCCGCCGUGGAGCGGCGGCUGGCCCAGUUCCGCGCCGCCCGCGGCAGCGCCGCCGCCGAGCCGCGCCCCGCGGAGCCGCCGGGAAAGGCCGCGGCUCCAGAGGCCGCCGCGGGACAGCGGGCCGCCGCGGCGGGCCCGGGCGGCGGCGCUCAGGCCCGUCCCGGCGGGGCGGCGGCUCCGGUGUGGGCGCGCCCGCUGCUGCUGAAGGUGCUGCUGUGGGCCGUGCUGCUGGCGCUGUUCGCGGAGCUGGAGCUGGGGCUGCCCUACUUCGUCCUCUCCCUGCUCUACUGGAUGUACGCCGGCACCCGCGGCCCCGCCGAGCGGCGGCGGGGCGAGCUGAGCGCCUACUCCGUCUUCAAUCCCGGCUGCGCCGCUAUCGCCGGGACGCUGACGGCCGAGCAGCUGGAGCGGGAGCUGCAUUACCGGCCCGCCGCCGGGAGGUAGCGACC